AUGGACUUUAACGAAGAGUUUCAGGAAACAGUCGCCAAUUCGGUCUUUCCUACCUUUGAUCUCCUUGAGGAUGCUAUUAAAAGGUUUACAAAGAUUACUGGGAACCAAUUCGCCUUAAAGAAGAAAGUGCGUCAUAGGACUGGUGCUCCAAUGAGGGAAGCCCAUAAAUUCCGAUAUGCUUUUUUCAAAUGUAUUUGUUCGUUUUCCACUGAGUGCGAAGCGUUCUUCAAUGUCGCUUCAAAGGGACAGACUUUGCGUAUUACCCAGUUCUACAUGGUGCAUAAUCAUGCUGUCGUGUAUAAUCCUGCCUUCAAACAACACGGUGUCGAUGACGACGAUGGCUACGACGUUAGGUGUGAUCUUACCGGCCAAUUUGAAGAGUUGUUCCCCGUUAAAUCCUUCAACACUUUUGAUGAGUUUCUCGGGAAGUUACAUGAGUUCCAAGAUGCCACGGGGUGUAUUUUUGUUAAAAGAAAUGCUGACCGAUAUCCCCCAGAAGCCAUCGAUAAGCAGCAUCUUGUAUAUAAGGCCGUCAAAAUGGAAUGUGUUCACUACGGCCAUCGGCAAGAUUCAAAGAAACAAACACACACCAAUUUGAGGAUAAGUUGCAAAAUUGGAUGUCGCUGCUGCAUUCAUGUAUCCACAUACAAAGGUCGUGUUACAAUUGGAAAGUACUUUAUGAAACACAACCACCCUGUUCCAAUAGAAGAAGCCAUUCAGUAUCCUCAAACAACGCAUUUAUCUGCCAAUGAUGAUUCACAUUAUAACGUUGUCUACGAUGUGACCACCCAAUUUGUUGAAAUAUUUUCUUCUGGUCGGUUUCCCACCUAUCAAGAUUUCUUAGUUAGGCUGGAAGAGUUUCAACGGGUCGGUUGCAAGUCAACCAUGCGAAUAUCCACCAUCAAGGGUUAUGUGGAGAUUGUAACUUACGAGAUGCGGCACAACCACCCAGCCUCUCAAGAGGCUUCAGAUGAAUACCAGCCACAAACUUGGCUCCUCUCGGGUAUUAAUGUCGGCGACGAUGAUAAGGCUUUCAAACGAAGACGGAGAUCGAAGAAGCAAGUUCUUGCCGAUGCCGCAGUUGCGCAAGCGGCGGUCGCAACAAUGCAGAAGACCGACAUCAUAUCAGAUCAGCUGGCAAGGUUGAGAGAGGUGGCGCUGGCGGCGCCUCAAGACAAACUGGAGGUCUUCUGUAGUCAGUUAUCUGAAUUUGAGACGCGCUGGCGACAACAGUUGAUGGUAGCGUACCAAGAGCAGCAACAGCAGGACCCCUCACAGCCCCAGCCGGAGGAGCUUCCCGACCCCAAUGCCUCACCUCCAAUCAUUCCUGUCAGUGCAGGCAUCAAGCUGGAGACACUGUAG